GGUGAGACAAGCUGUAGUCUUUCACUAAUGGACGCCAUAGCGGCACAACAAGAGCGGUCCGUCCCUCUCAUUUACGACUACACGAGGAAUGCCUUCCUGCCCUACCUUGAAGCGCAUCGUGCCGAGAUCGAGGCCAUCGAGCGUACCACAUUCAAGUACGGUGUGACAGACCGACAUCAGCUUGACGUCUACUACCCUUCGGAAGUAACACAGGAGAAGGCGCCGGUCCUCUUCUUCAUCUAUGGCGGAGGGUUCGUUACAGGGGAGCGAAUCUUCCCUCCUCCGUUCGACCUCGUCUAUCGUAACUUGGGAGCGUUCUUUGCGAAACGAGGCAUAUUGACCAUCAUCCCGGAUUACCGCCUGGUGCCGAGCGUCAUGUUCCCGGAGCCCGUAAAGGACAUACGAGAUGCGAUUGCUUGGGUUCUCGCAAACACCGAGGAAGUCGGCCGCCGCGGCACCGUUCACGCGAAUUUCGACAACGUGAUGAUCAUGGGCCAUUCCGCAGGGUCAAUCUACACUGCUACGAUGAUGCUGUACCCCGGCUUGCUCCCGCUUGACGUGCGGUCUCACAUCCGGGGCGUCAUCCUUGCCGGAGGCAUCUAUCGCUUCAGCCGAGAGAGCGCUACUGCGGACCCUGCAGGCCUGGAGGGAUUGUACGGAUCAUGGGAGGAGGUGCAGAACAAGAUGCCUGCCACACUGCCCCAACGAGCACCUGGGGAGAUCGUGGACGGCUUUCCGGAGGUGUUGAUGAUGGCCAGCGAGAGGGAGCCUGACGGAGUCUUCGAAGAAAGCGAAGAGUUCGCUGCUGCGCUCGGAAGGAAGCUGGGGAGGAAGAUUGGAGUGUCGACGAUGAAGAAACAUAAUCAUUUGAGUCCCCAUUUGUCACUUUGGAGUGGAUCGGGAGAGGAGUGGGCUAUCGAGGUCGAGCAAUGGGUGAAGAGCAGAGUUGCCUCGAAGUAGCAAGACGAGAUUGCUGGAGUCACUGAGUGAGAUUCAUGAUGUAUGACCAGUAAGUGAAUAUUAGUGGCACAGUAGAGUACAAAGGGGGUUGCUAACCCUGGUCGAAUGGAUUGAUGCAUGUGGCGA